AUGGGUCAGGGAACUCCGGGAGGUCUGAACCGUCAACCACCCGGUGACCGGAAAAAUGACGAUAAGAAAGAGAAGAAAUUCGAGCCGGCCGCCCCUCCGGCCCGUGUCGGCCGCAAGCAGCGGAAGCAGAAGGGUCCCGAGGCGGCGGCUCGUCUCCCCACCGUGACGCCGCUAACCAAGUGUAAGCUUCGGUUGCUGAAACUGGACCGGAUAAAGGAUUACCUCCUGAUGGAGGAGGAAUUCGUCAGCAAUCAGGAGCGGUUGAAGCCCCAGGAGGAGAAGACGGAAGAGGACCGAUCCAAGGUCGACGAUCUCCGCGGUUCCCCCAUGAGUGUUGGGAAUCUGGAGGAGCUUAUUGAUGAGAACCACGCCAUAGUUUCUUCCUCCGUCGGGCCGGAGUACUACGUGGGGAUCUUGUCUUUUGUCGACAAAGAUCAGCUGGAGCCUGGAUGUGCUAUUUUGAUGCAUAAUAAGGUUCUUUCUGUGGUUGGGCUUCUUCAGGAUGAGGUUGACCCCAUGGUAUCGGUCAUGAAGGUUGAGAAAGCACCAUUGGAAUCAUAUGCUGAUAUCGGUGGUCUCGAUCCACAGAUACAGGAAAUUAAGGAAGCUGUUGAACUUCCCUUGACACAUCCUGAACUAUAUGAAGACAUUGGCAUCAAACCUCCGAAAGGGGUCAUACUCUAUGGAGAACCUGGAACUGGCAAGACCCUUCUUGCAAAGGCAGUGGCGAAUUCCACUUCAGCAACCUUUCUGCGUGUUGUUGGCAGUGAAUUGAUUCAAAAGUACUUGGGAGAUGGUCCUAAAUUGGUGAGGGAACUCUUUCGAGUUGCUGAUGAACUGUCACCCUCGAUUGUCUUUAUAGAUGAAAUCGAUGCAGUUGGUACAAAAAGGUAUGAUGCUCACUCUGGUGGUGAACGUGAGAUCCAGAGGACUAUGCUUGAGCUGCUGAAUCAAUUGGAUGGGUUUGACUCAAGAGGAGAUGUGAAAGUGAUUCUUGCUACCAACAAAAUUGAAAGUCUUGACCCUGCACUUCUUCGGCCUGGUAGAAUCGACCGUAAAAUCGAGUUUCCCCUCCCAGAUAUUAAGACAAGGCGUCGUAUAUUCCAGAUCCACACAUCUAGGAUGACAUUGGCUGAUGAUGUCAAUUUGGAAGAAUUUGUCAUGACUAAAGACGAGUUUUCUGGAGCUGAUAUCAAGGCCAUAUGUACGGAAGCUGGAUUGCUGGCUUUAAGAGAGCGACGCAUGAAGGUUACACAUGCAGAUUUCAAGAAGGCGAAAGACAAGGUCAUGUUCAAGAAGAAAGAGGGGGUUCCAGAAGGAUUAUAUAUGUGA